AUGACCCGCAGCGCCGCCUUGGCCCUCGGUGCGCUGCUGCUCGGUCUCUGCCUCGCCGCCUCGACCGCCGCCGCCGCCGCGCAGCUGCCCUUCAAGGCCGACCCGCUCCAGGCGCGCCCGGCGUCGUGCCUCAGCUGCUCUGGCUGCUCGACCGACCCGUGCCAGACCAACACGCCCGGCGGCCUCCUCCUCCUCACCAACUUCUGGGACUACAGCCCCGCAACGGGCCCCGAUGACGUCUGGACUCUACACGGCGUCUGGCCCGAUCGAUGUUCUGGGGGCUAUGAUGCGUCGUGUGACUCGAGCCGCAACCAUGGCGACAUUGCGGGCAUCUUGCGCGGGGCCAAUGCCACCGAUGUGCUCGACUACAUGAACCAGUACUGGCUGGACAUCCGGGGCAACGACAACUCGUUCUGGUCGCACGAGUGGAACAAGCACGGUACGUGCGUGUCGACGCUGGUGCCGUCGUGCUACGAGGCCUACACGCCCAACCAGGAGGUGGUCGACUUUUUCCGUACGGCGACGGAGCUGCACCGGCGGUACUCGACGUACGACGCGCUGGCCGAGGCGGGCAUCGUCCCGAGCGCGACCAAGACGUACGCGCUGGCCGAGCUGCAGGCGGCCGUCGAGGCAAAAUACGGCCACGGCGCGUCGUUCCGGUGCCGCGGCGCCAACCUCAACGAGGCGUGGUAUUACUUUUUCACAGAGGGGCGCAGCACGAGCGCGGAUGCGUUUGUGCAGACGGCGCCGCUGGCCAAGGACAAUGGCUGCCCGCGGACGGGCAUCCGGUACCUGCCCAAGUGA